AUGCUCUAUUGUCAUCAUCGAUCCCGAUGGAAUCUGGUACUUCUUCUAGGGCCGGUGCCACUUUCGAAAUUCGAUGAAUCCACUUCAAACCCCCGCAUCGACGUUCCUAAUGCAAAAAUUCUCUGUCCAAAGGCGGCCAACAGCCCUAGCGAAACUCAAAAUGAACUUACUCAACUGUUCAGGUCUGGGAUACUGGUCUCCUCAAAGCAUAUGUCGUUUGCUUCACCAGUUUUCAAGGCUAUGUUGACAGGAGAAUUCAGGGAGGCUGUUGAACUUAGAGAGAAAGGUGGAACCAAGAUACCACUUCCAGAUGAUGAUGUAGAUGCCAUGAUCACGUUGGUCAAGGUUAUACAUGGCCGCUUAAAAUCAAUCUCGAAAUGCACCAAUUUAAUUUUGCUUACCAAAAUCGCCAUCUUGGUCGACAAAUAUCAAUGCCAUGAGUCGACCGAGUUUGCAGUCAAGGCUUGGAUCACAAAUCAUAGUCCAUGUCUAUAG